AUGUCGAACCCGUUCCACGACUACAACUCGCAGCCCAUCAAGUCCUACGCCAGCCACGCAAUCGAAGACGAUGCGGAAUACUACGAGAAAGAGAUUGAAAAGUGCAUGCAGGAGUCGCUGGCCAGCACCGAGCGCAGCCGGCGCAACCUGGUCGACAGCGAGCAAGUCGGGCUGAAGACGGCCGAGGACUUGCGCCUGCAGCGCGAAAAGUUGGAGAAAACGGAGCGGAAUCUGGAUGACAUUCAUCGCACGACGCAGCAAACCCAGAGAAGUCUGAACAGCCUGCAGAGCUUCUUUGGCGGUUAUUUCAAGAACAAGUUCUCGAGGAAGCCGAAGCCGGUCGAAGCGCAGCCAGAAGCUCCGCCGAAGAGCGCGUCCGUGAACAACUUUGCGUCAUUUGGAGGGUCAGGAGGAAAUAGCAUGGGUAGCAGCUCGACGGGUACAGGCGGACCGACACUUUCUCAGUCUUCGAUGAACGCGAUCAAGGGCUCCCGCUGGGAGGCGAUGGACAACCAAAUCAACGAGAAUCUCGACGGCAUGUCCUCGCAGUUGGCCAACCUCAAGAAUCUGGGCGUGGCGCUGGGCCGUGAGGUUGAGGAUCAGAACCAGCUGCUCGACCGCAUCCAGACGAAGGCCGAGCGCAACGAUGUGGUCGUCCGCUCCCAGGACCAGCAGAUGAAGAAGCUCCUUGGCGGUAAA